GUGCUCUCAGUCUGCGCGGGUCACAGCAAAGAGCUGCCCCUGCUCACUGCGGCAGAGGAGGCUGCAGGCUGGGCAGCGAGGGCCUGGGCAGCGAGGGCCUGGGCAGUGAGGGGCCUGGACAGCAAGAGGCCGGAGGGGACGCUGCCCGCCGUCCUCCCGAUGGCGCAGGUCAUCCUGAGGCACCCCAUCCGCACGCCGGUGCGCUACCAGGAGCAGUUCGAGGCGCGGGGGCUGGAGGACUGCCGGCUGGACCACGCUCUGUACGCGCUGCCCGGGCCGACCACCGUGGACCUGGGCCGAGCCGGCGCGCCCCCCGGGGACCCCGCGGCGGAGACGCCGCCCCCCGAAGGCCCGGCGCGCUUCCAGGUGCUGCUGGACGUGGUGCAGUUCCUGCCGGAGGACAUCCUCAUCCAGACGUGCGAGGGCUGGCUGCUGGUCCGGGCGCGGCACGGCGCCCGCAUGGACGAGCACGGCUUCGUCUCCAGGGGCUUCACCCGCCAGUACCGCCUGCCCCACGGCCUGGGCGCCGGGGACCUGUCGGCCGCGCUCGGCCACGACGGCAUCCUCGUGGUGGAGGCCCGGCGUGGGGCCGGGGCCCGGUGAGACCCGCGGCGCGGGUGCGGCCACGCGGGGGGGUCCCGGCGCGGCCCACGCGGGGCGCGCAGGAGCGGCGGCGGGACUCCGUGGGCAGCGGUUUGGAUGAAGAGUCAGCGUGUGGACGUGGCGCUGGCGGGUCGCGUGUCUGCUCUCACGCAGAGGAGCCGCCACACGUCCGCAGGGCUCCAGGCGGUGCUCGGCCGACGCCCAGAGCUGGUGGCUUCGGAGCGAGUGGGCAGCACAGGGACUCGGACGGCCUUCACCUCCCGCGGCCGCGGCGUGGGGCCGGAGCCACCCAGGCGGAGCGCCCUCCGUGGACACGGCGCAUCGGGGAGGGUGCCCGCGCCCGGCCGGCCUUUCCCUCGGGCGCGUGAGGUUCAGCAGCGGCGCGCGGUCUGCCGGUGAGGACACGGCUUGGAGACGGUCGGGAAUGUGUGUCUGACUCUGCGCUGUCACCGCUCACCCUCGCGCGGCACCUAAGAUAUAAACCUUUCUGUCAGACGUC